UCGCCUACCCCCCUGCGCACAUUCGCACAUCCUUUCAUUCUUGUCGCUCUGGUUUCUCCUCUGGUUGUGGCUACAAUCUUCGGGGACGACUUGCGUCUUACGCGUCGACUGUCAGUCGUCGGUGCUGUUGUGGAUGCCUACGCCAGACACCCCAUCAUGAUGACUUGGUAGCGUGCUACAGCUCAUCGCUCGACACAAAAGCUCCUUGGAGCGCUGUUCGAAUUCGCUGAAGUACUUUACGAUCACCAGCAUGGAUGGACGAGUUGCCAUGCGGCCCUCGAGGCCGCAGUCGGUCAGCGAGCUGGUCGCCCAAGCGGAGAGCUUCUCCUUCAACAACAAUAUCCCGCUGAGGCACUGGACAAGGGCAGCUGAGACGCUAUACCAAGAGGCCAGUUUCGCUCUUUCGGAAGGCGACUACGCUCGAGCAUACGUGAUGCUCUAUCGGCACUCGGUUCUCGUGUUACACUGGAUUCCUCAGCAUCCACAAUACAAAGACCCCGAACAACGAAAAGCCUGCCGCACCCUAUCGAGACGAAUCGGUCAGGUCAUGGACGACCUUGAGCAGCUGAAACCGGAACUGGACAAGGCGCGCCGAGAGUGGGAGCGAAUGAGACCAGCACCGGAGCCCAGCCACAAGUCACCAGAGGUGACGUCCAGAUAUGCCGAUUUUGCAGCCCGCGACCCUACAUUGACCGGCAAUGCUAAGAUAUUGGACGCUGGAGAGCACCAGGAGCUUGCCGUCGAUCUGGCGCAAAGGGAACUGCUUCGCCGAGACACAGCUAGAAGAGCGUCGAAACGGGCAGGCAUCCCAGAGGAGGAGAGCUUGAUGCGGAGAAGAGCUGGGCGCUGGGAGGAGUGGCGACAGCCAACGUCUUCCACGACAGACAACGACCUCCAGUGGCAGAUGGCCGCUGCGAGACGCCAGCUCGACACGCCGAGCUCAGAGGGCCAGCACGGCGCCAUACUUCACGGAGACACGGACACAGCCUUUGUGUCCCAGAAAUACAACUAUCCAUCCAUAUCAAAGUCACGCCCAGUAAACUACGAGAAGGCCCCAUCGCAACAGUCUUUGCCAUCGCCACUCCAGCCGUCGCUCCCUCCGAAGGAGCCCGCGGUGAAUGAUCUCGACAGCAUGGGCUCGCUGUCAAAGCCCCCUCCGCCGCCGAGAAAGGUAGCACUCGAGGAGUACAAAGCAUUGGUUCCAUCACUGCCGCCUCGACCAUCGGAUGGCCUGGGGCCUACACUCCCGCCAAAGACUACCCUCGAACCACCCCGCCCUGCGAAGAAGGAGCGUCUGGCCUUCAAACCGGGCGCAUAUCUGGAAAAUGGCGAUCCCAUUCGAUCCAUCUUUUUGCCCGGCGGCUUGCGCGAGAGGUUUCUCGGCCUCGCGGCGGAGAACACCAGAGCUGGGCUGGAGAUGUGUGGUAUCCUCUGCGGCACCCCGGUGAACAAUGCCCUGUUCAUUCGCUGCCUCGUCAUUCCCGAUCAAAAAUGCACAUCCGACACGUGCGAGACACAAAACGAAGGUGCCUUGUUUGACUUCUGUGAUAAAGAGGAUCUUCUCAUGGUCGGAUGGAUACAUACACACCCGACCCAGACCUGCUUCAUGAGCUCGCGAGAUCUUCACACCCAUGCAGGGUACCAGAUCAUGAUGCCAGAGAGUAUAGCCAUUGUCUGCGCCCCAAAGUUUGAGCCAUCAUACGGCAUUUUUCGACUUACGAACCCUCCUGGCUUGGAACAUAUCCUAAACUGCACGCAUAGCGACACCUUCCAUCAACAUGCUAUCGACAACCUAUAUCGCGGCGCUAUGCAACCCGAAGGCCACGUCUAUGAGAGCAACAAGUUGACCUUUGAUGUUCAAGAUCUACGCGGGAUGUAGAUGACCGAAUGACGCUGUAAAGUGCAUAGCUCUGGAGUUUGAUUUAUACACUGGCUUGAACAUGAUACCAACUGGCUGCUACCACAAUGCUGAAUUUCGCAUAGUGUCUGCGGAGUAAUAUCCAGUGUGAGCUUGACGACGGGAUGGAAAGUCACGGCCACACCACAGUGUCCCAUGUACUAAUCACAACUAGCCACACGGUCAAGAGCUGAUGCCAAUAGCAGAAGCAGCGGAGGCGUUCGAUCUUUACGUUUUCUUAUUAGGGCGGAGGAGAGGCUGGCCCAAGCAGGUCUAGCCGGCCCAGCUGAACCUGCAGGUUUCAGUCACCGGCAGAUUGAGGUGGAGACAUAUACUGCCGCUCCCGCACGAGAUGCUGCUCGCCUUAAUCCAACGCUCACAA